AAAAUUUCUUCAUGACCAAACCACCACAACAAAGCAAAGGACUGGGAAGUGUUGUUAACUCAGUGUGUUAGCAGUGCUGUUUUGUUGACUUUGCUCAUCGUUUAGUGAAAGCUCAUCGCAUUUUCUAACAAAAAGGGCGAGUGUCUUCCUCUUACAUGCCAAGAAAAAGAUAUUUCGAAACCAAGCACCGCAACUUCAUAACUUGUUAGCUUAGCCUUUUUUGCUAGCUACAAUUGGCUACAUUAAUCUAGUUUGCUAAUAAUCAGGUAAAUCACACUGAGUAUGGCCGAAAACGCGAACAGUGCAGCCGUUCUUCCUCCAGGAGAUCCCCAUCUAAUCAAACUAAUCGUGGAACAUCUGAAGAGCCGAGGUCUUUUCGACGAGUUCAGAAGGGACUGUCUAGCAGACGUGGACACCAAGCCGGCUUAUCAGAAUUUGCGACAGAAGGUGGACAACUUCGUAGCUAAUCACCUGAGCACGCAGGAGUGGAGUCCCUCCAUCAACAAGAACCAAGUGCGCAAUGGGCUUCGACAGAGCGUAGUACAAUCCGGAAUGUUGGAGUCUGGUGUGGAUCGAAUUAUUACUCAGGUGGUGGAUCCAAAGCUGAACCAUAUUUUCCGUCCACACAUUGAGAAAGCUAUCCAUGACUUCCUGGCCUCAGAGAAAAAAGAAGAAGGAGUGUUGAAUUCAUCGACUGAGACGGAGCAGCAAGAUGCUGCCAGCAACACCAGUACAACAAAGGCACAACUUUUCCAGAUUUUCCAGUUAACAGCGCGCUUUGGCUACAUCCCGCAACGCCACCCUGGUAACUAUAGUAACCCCUGGUGGCGCAUUGAUAUAGGUCUCCUAAUGAAUAGGGCAGUGUGCGGUGUGGCACGUAACUCCCGCGCUUGUGAUAGGCCAGCUGGGAGACUGACCGCACCUGCUCGUCUCUUUCCUCAAACACUGGAGUUUGAAGGGGACACAACAGUUUUAUUAGCACUGCUAGACAUGUAUGUGAAAGUGGCUGUAGUAGUGCUGGUGUUGAUUGUACAGCGCAGAGUGGACGCUUCGGAGUCCGCAGAUAUUUAUGACACCUCCUCCCAGGAGAGGCCUCUUCACGCUCAGAAAAGACGGUUAUCCCUGCAGGAUACAGCGGAGAUCCAGCAGUGUUUGCUGAGCGCUGGAGAUGUCGGCUGCGGUACCUUCGAGUGCUUUACUAACAACUCCUGCGAGGUUCGCGGACUGCACGACAUUUGCAUGAGCUUCCUGCACAACGCCGGCAAAUUCGACUCUCAGGGCAAAUCAUUCAUCAAGGAUGCACUGAAGUGCAUGGCACAUGGGUUACGUCACAAGUUCAGCUGUGUCAGUCGCAAGUGUGUUUCUGUGAAGGAGAUGGUGUUUCAGCUGCAGCGUGAGUGCUACAACAAACACAACCUCUGCUCAGUGGUCAGGGAGAACACCAACGUCAUGAUGGAGAUGAUCCACUUCCAGGAUCUGUUCCCCAGAGGGCCUCAUGUGGAGCUGGUGAACAUCCUCCUGGGCUGUGGUGAGGAGGUGCGUCUCGCCAUUACCCGCCGUAUUCAUGCGCAGUGUGAGCAGAACUGGGGUGCCCUGUGUGCCAGCCUGAGCCUCUGCCUGCCAGAUCACACCAAGAUCCAGACUGUGCCUACUCUCACUCCUGUUCCUUCUAUCAGCAGCGCCAACUUCCUGCCUCGUGCUAAGCCUCCUCUGUCACAGCCCGAUAGACAGCAGGUUUAGAUACUUUGCAAAGAAAACGAGGGCCUUUCUCAGCCUUCAGUGCCUCGAUUGCACCAUAAUGCAACACAUGUUGAGGCCAACAAUCUCAAGCAGGUUUGUUAAAGAAAAUUAAAGGAGCUAACAAAGUGUGCAUGCAGCAGUGUGUGCAUAAAGGUAUCAUCUACAGUAUCGUUACUACCACAGUGGGAUUGUGUGUAUACACUGCAUCUGAGUGUUAGGAUAGUGUGUGACAGUUCCAGCUGAUUUAAUACAAAAUUGGAGUCUUUCCAUGUUUCCCUUUAACAGACUGGAAAUAGUUUGCUGUCUGCAGAACACAGAAGUUACAAAUGACACAACCUCCACUCUUUCAGUACAUUAUGAGAGAAAAUUGAUGGUGCUUUUUCUCAGGAGCACAGGAUGCUGAAUAGUUGAUUUAGUUUUGGUACAGUCCUUACUCUAUCAUGCCAAAGUCGAAUCAUCAUUACAGACACUGAAUAUAUUAUUUUUGGGUAAAGCAGAGUGUCAAGUGUGAUUCUAUGCUGGUGAUAUGGUAGAAAAAUUAGGAUUUGUGACUAUGACAUCUACUGAAAUUGAAGAACUAAUAUCUAGCCACUUAAUGCAGCUAAUUAAAUGAAAUCAUUCAUGAAUAUGUUGACAGGGACACAGCUUUCAUUUCAUUUGAAUGUUUCUGGACUAUGAUGUGUGUGUGUGUAUACUGACAAACAUUUUUGCUACUAUAUGUGUGUGUGUGUGAUAUAUAUCAAGUUAAGAUUAUGUAUUUUUAUGAAACUACAUAAAAUGUAUUUUUAAAAUGUAAAUGGUUUAACGUGUCAAAUAACCAGAAGCAGUAUUUAAAACUACAGUAAUAUUCGGUACCUACCUCAAACUUUUAUCAUUUAAUUAUCAAGGCAAUUUAUUAAAUGUAGAGGUCAGUUCUCUUUAAAUGUUUUUUUUUUAUUUAUUUCUAUUCAAAUGUUAUGCAUGACUUUUUUUUCUGUACCAUCAUUUGUCAGGUACAACA